AUGUCGUUCAACAACCCCACCCAGAUUUUCGCAGACGACGUGACUGAAGAAAAGGGCGAACAUGCUCGUCUGUCCGCCUUCGUCGGCGCCAUUGCUGUCGGAGAUUUGGUUAAGAGUACAUUAGGACCUAAGGGAAUGGACAAGAUUCUUCAGUCAGCUUCGACUGGUGAGAUAAUGGUUACGAAUGAUGGAGCAACGAUAUUAAAAGCGAUAGCUCUGGACAACGCCGCCGCCAAAGUUUUGGUGAAUAUUUCCAAGGUCCAGGACGACGAGGUGGGAGAUGGCACUACUUCUGUGACCGUCCUCGCUGCGGAGCUACUUCGUGAAGCAGAAAAGCUCGUCGAGAAAAAGAUCCAUCCCCAAGUCAUCAUUGAUGGCUACAGAAUAGCUAGUAAAGCCGCUCUGGGCGCCCUGCACCACGCAGCGGUAGAUAAUAGUUCCGAUCCAAUUGCUUUCCGAAAAGACCUACACUGCAUUGCCCGAACGACCCUUAGCUCUAAAGUUCUCGCGCAAGACCGAGAUCAGUUUGCGAGUUUAGCUUGCGAUGCAGUUUUAAGAUUAAAAGGCUCAACCGAUCUAAGCCAUAUUCAAAUUAUUAAAAAGGCUGGUGGCAAGCUCUCAGAUUCCUACCUCGACGAGGGAUUCAUUCUUGAUAAGAAAAUUGGGGUUAAUCAGCCAAAGAGACUUGAAAAGGCCAAAAUUUUGGUUGCGAAUACAGCGAUGGAUACCGACAAGGUCAAGAUUUUCGGCGCAAGGGUAAAGGUUGACUCAACAGGGAAGCUUGCGGAGCUUGAGAAAGCCGAGAAAGAAAAAAUGAAAGCCAAGGUUGAUAGAAUUAAAGCUCAUGGAAUCAACUGUUUUGUCAACCGGCAACUUAUUUACAACUGGCCAGAACAGUUAUUUACUGAUGCUGGAAUUAUGUCGAUUGAACACGCUGACUUCGACGGCAUUGAACGGUUAGCUCUUGUCACCGGUGGCGAGAUUGCAUCUACCUUCGAACACCCCGAACAAGUAAAAUUAGGCCACUGCGAUCUAAUUGAAGAAGUUAUUAUUGGCGAAGAUACUUUAAUAAAAUUCUCUGGUGUUGCCGCCGGACAAGCCUGCACAAUCGUCUUACGCGGUGCAACGGAACAACUUUUAGAUGAAGCAGAGCGGUCUUUACAUGAUGCCUUGGCUGUCUUGUCCCAAACCGUCAAAGAGCCACGGGUGACCCUUGGAGGUGGUUGUGCAGAAAUGAUCAUGGCCAAGGCUGUUGAACAGGUCGCCCAGAACACUACCGGCAAAAAACAACUCGCGGUAGACGCCUUUGCGCUGGCGCUUAAGCAGCUGCCUACGAUACUCGCGGACAACGCUGGUCUAGAUUCUAGCGAUUUGGUAACUCGACUAAGACAGGCUAUUAACAAAGGCUUGACCAGUUCAGGCCUUGACCUACUAACUCCUGGUGGUGGAAUUGCAAAUAUGCGCGACCUGGGAGUAGUUGAGAGUUAUAAGCUGAAGAAAGCCGUUGUGUCCUCGGCAUCGGAAGCCGCAGAGCUUCUUCUUCGCGUGGAUAAUAUCAUUCGCAGUGCGCCCCGGAAGAGGGAACGGGUAUAG